CACUGAUCCUAAAGUUAACGACGACCAUGUCUCUCUCGAACAAGCUCUCUAUCACAGAUCUCGACCUCAAGGGCAAGCGUGUCCUCAUCCGCGUUGACUUCAAUGUUCCCAUGCAGGAUGGCAAAAUCACUAACCCUGCUCGUAUUGUGGCAGCGUUGCCCACUAUUAAAUAUGCUCUCGACAAUGGCGCGAAGACCGUUGUCCUCAUGUCCCAUCUCGGCCGCCCCGAUGGCAAAGUUGUUGAGAAGUAUUCCCUCAAACCAGUCGCUGGCGAGCUCAAGAAGCAUCUUGGAAAGCCCGUAAUCUUCCUUUCCGACUGCGUGGGCCCUGAGGUUGAGAAGGCCGUGAAUGCUGCUGAAUCUGGCUCUGUCAUCCUUCUCGAAAAUCUCCGCUUCCAUAUUGAGGAGGAGGGUUCUGUCAAGAACAAAGAUGGUACGAAAAUCAAGGCUGACCCUGCCAAGGUUGCAGAGUUCAGGGAGGGCCUUACAAGACUAGGCGAUGUCUACGUCAACGAUGCCUUUGGCACAGCUCACCGUGCUCACUCGAGUAUGGUCGGCGUUAAAUUGCCACAACGAGCCGCAGGUUUCCUUGUCAAGAAGGAGCUCGAGUACUUCGCAAAAGCUCUUGAGAAUCCUGACCGGCCUUUCCUCGCUAUCCUUGGAGGUGCUAAGGUCUCCGACAAGAUUCAGCUGAUUGAAAAUAUGUUAGAUAAGGUUAACUCUCUUAUUAUCUGCGGUGGCAUGGCUUUCACGUUCGCAAAGACAUUGGACGAGGUGUCCAUUGGAGACUCCCUUUUCGACCAAGCCGGUUCUGAAAAGGUUAGAGCCCUUGUCGAAAAGGCAAAGAAGAACAAUGUGAAACUGGUUUUCCCCGUCGACUACAUCACUGCUGACAAGUUCGAUAAAAAUGCGAAUACCGGGACUGCGACUAUUGCUGAAGGCAUUCCUAGUGGGUGGAUGGGCCUUGAUGCUGGCCCGAAGAGCCGCGAGCUGUAUCGCCAGACAGUACUCGAGGCCAAGACCAUCCUAUGGAACGGUCCUCCUGGUGUGUUUGAGUUCCCUGCUUUUGCAGAGGGCUCGAAAGCUCUCCUCGAUGCAAACGUCGAGGCUGCGCAGAAGGGCGCGACUGUCAUCAUCGGUGGUGGUGAUACUGCAACGGUUGCAGCGCUCUACAACGCUGAGGACAAGAUAAAUCACGUCAGCACAGGCGGAGGUGCUAGCUUGGAGCUGUUGGAAGGCAAGAUCCUGCCUGGUGUGGCUGAGCUUAGCGAGAAGUAACUCGAUGAGGGAAGAAAGAUGGCUUGUUUAUAGAGUGGUUUGUACCUUACUGCGCCGGUCAAUAGAACUACGAUGGAAUUGUACUAAAUAUAUCAGUUGGGAAAACACGUAUUUGAGCACAAA